AUGGCGAUAACAAGGAGGACGAACACGGUAGAUCAGCAACACGAAGAAGAACAUGUCGAGGUGGUGGAUGAAACCAACCUUUCUGAAACCGUCCGUCUAUUGAAACAAGAGAUGGAGGCUAUGAAACAACAGCGAGAAAAAGACGCUAAGGAGCUUUCGGCCUUGAAAGCUGAGAAUGAGGCACUAAGGAAUCAAGACACCUCAUGGAAACCUACUCAGGUCACCAAUACGCAAACCCAAGGGUCGCACCAGUCCCAUACGAUCCAUACAUCGGUCCCUCGUGCCUCGGCAGUAGCACCUGAAAAGCACCCCUCGGCCUUACCCACUGUCGGUCGGCCUGCAGAUUUGACAACCAUCGGCUCACACCGACACCCUUUCACCCCCUCCAUAAUGCAACUCUCUCUUCUGGACAAUUGGAAAUCUUUACCCAUUGAUAAAUAUGAUGGUACCACUGAUCCUGAUGAACAUCUUGAUGUUUUUCUUACGCAAGUAACCCUGAGUACUACGGAUGAUGCUGCAUUGUGUCACAUUUUCCCCACAUCCCUUAAGGGUAGGGCGUUGAGCUGGUUCACUCGGCUACCCCCUAACUCGAUCGACUCAUUCAAUACUCUGUCAUCUCAAUUCACAGUCCAGUUCGCAACUAGCCGUCCUCAUAGCCUGACAUCUUUGUCGUUGGUUAGCCUUCGGCAAGAUAAGAAAGAAUCGCUGCGGACUUUCAUGGAUCGGUUCAACAAGGCAGCCUUGGAAAUCCGAGAUCUUAACCCGGCGGUAGCACUUCAUCACCUGAUGACGGCUUUAAAACCAGGGCCAUUCGUCAAUAGCCUAUGCAAGAAGCCUCCUUCAGAUAUGAAUGAUCUGCGCAGAAGAGCGGAUAAAUAUAUGCAAAUGGAGGAGUUGGCCGAAUUUCGAAGUCAAGCUCGGGCUGACCAGCCGGCCAAACCCGAGAAGCCAAUCGAACAUACAUACAGGGGGCGAGGCAAAGAAAUAGCUCUUCGGGACCGACCCGUGCGAGGUCCCAAAUACUUCAAUUACACUCCUCUUAAUGCAAGCCGGGCAGCGAUACUGGAGCAGGCUUUGGCAGCAGAAGUGUUGGCGGUUCCAAAGAGAGCUUCCACUCCGCCACGCGCCGAUACCAGCAAAACCUGCAGGUAUAACCGAAACCGCGGACACUCAACUGAAGAGUGUGCCGCCUUAAAAGAUAAAAUUGAAGAUUUGGUCAAGCAAGGCAAGUUGCACAAUUUUGUGGAUCGGCCAGCUUCAUAUCGUCCCCGCUUCUCGUCCCAGUAUCGACACAACGAUCGGCAUGCGCAGAAUCGGUCUGAUAGACCUCGGCGUGAGCGAAGUAGGUCGCAAGAAAAGAGAGAUGAUCUUGCAACAGCUCAUGAAAUGUAA